CUGUUGUCACGGGAUCCGCCCCGCCCCCUCUCUGCCAGGCCCGGCAGCUCCGGGGCCACCGUGUCUCGCAUCUAUCUUCAGAAAUAUCAAGUGUCAAGAUAAAGUGACAAAAAUGACAGAGUUCUGGCUUAUUUCUGCUCCUGGGGAGAAAACAUGUCAACAGACAUGGGAAAAACUACAUACUGCAACUACAAAAAAUAAUAAUCUCUCCACCAAUUCAAAGUUCAAUAUCCCUGACUUAAAGGUUGGCACACUGGAUAUUUUAGUUGGUUUGUCAGAUGAGCUGGCUAAGUUGGAUGCGUUUGUGGAGGGAGUGGUCAAGAAGGUUGCCCAAUACAUGUCUGAUGUUCUGGAAGACAGUAAAGAUAAAGUUCAGGAAAAUUUAUUGGCUAAUGGAGUUGACUUGGUUACUUAUAUAACAAGGUUCCAGUGGGAUAUGGCCAAGUAUCCAAUCAAACAGUCUCUGAAGAAUAUUUCAGAAAUAAUUGCAAAGGGAGUAACCCAGAUUGACAAUGACUUAAAAUCAAGAGCAUCAGCAUAUAACAAUCUGAAAGGCAAUCUUCAGAACUUGGAAAGAAAGAAUGCGGGAAGUUUACUAACUAGAAGCCUGGCUGAUAUUGUAAAAAAAGAGGACUUUGUACUCGAUUCAGAAUACUUAAUUACAUUGGUGGUGGUCAUACCAAAGUCAAAUUACAAUGACUGGGUUAAACAAUAUGAAACAUUAGCAGAGAUGGUAGUUCCACGGUCCAGCAAUGUUCUUUCUGAGGACCAAGAUAGUUACCUGUGUAAUGUCACCUUGUUCAGGAAGGCAGUGGAUGACUUCAGACACAAAGCCAGGGAAUACAAGUUUAUGGUCCGUGAUUUCCAGUAUAAUGAAGAAGAGAUGAAAGCAGACAAAGAAGAAAUGAACAGGCUAUCUACUGACAAAAAGAAACAAUUUGGACCUCUAGUUCGGUGGCUGAAAGUGAAUUUCAGUGAAGCAUUCAUUGCAUGGAUUCAUGUGAAAGCAUUACGAGUUUUUGUUGAAUCUGUUCUAAGGUAUGGUUUGCCAGUUAAUUUCCAGGCAAUGCUCCUUCAACCCAAUAAGAAAACAAUGAAGAAACUGAGAGAGGUUUUGAAUGAUUUAUACAAACACCUUGACAGCAGUGCAGCAGCUAUCAUUGAUGCAACUAUGGAUAUUCCAGGCCUAAACCUCAGUCAACAGGAGUACUACCCAUAUGUGUAUUACAAGAUUGAUUGCAAUUUGCUGGACUUCAAGUAAACCUUUCUUUAUCCUGGCAAUCCUCUUAUAGUGUUGGUGUAAACAAACAGAAGUGAGGCUGAAGUACAAUGAUACUUCUAACACUGUUAGUCCUAUGCUUGCUUCUUACUCCCUUUACUUAGGUGAAUUUUGCCCAUGGUGGUCCAUCUCUUGUCAUUUUCUUGUAAAGAAAAGGUAUUACUGCUUUUAAUCAAUCAAGUCUGUAAAUGUACAUUGAGAGAAUCAGAGUAUUUAUAAACAGAGUCAUUUAUUUAAAGAAAAGGGUAAUUCCUCUUUCAUAUAGUGAUCUGCAUUAAUUUCAUUUACCGUUGUUCAUAAAGACUUCGUUUACAAAGGAAGAUAGUGUAAACAUUUAUGCCAUUUUGUUCUCUGUAUUUAGUAGAUUCACAAGUAUUAACGUUGUUGAAUUGUGAUGUAAAGUAUGUGAGAUUGAUAUACAGUCUGUGCUUUCAGAAUAUUUUAAAUUACAGUUCACAAGCACUGUCAGAGAAAAUAAAAAUAUCUGUGCAAAUGUAUGGUUCAUUUCAUUGUGAUGCAUAGAACUGUAGACGUCUACAGCCAAACAUUACUACAGCUGAUGUAAAGUUGUGAUACAUGCUUUAGAUGACAGUAUAGAAAUGCAGCUUUCAGUUUAACAAAUAUUUGAUGCGAGGUAAACUAAAAUAAACACUUGCACUGUUGUGAGAAAUACUGGAGCAGAUUUUAUUCCUA